AUGGAGGCCAAAGCCAGCUCAGAUAUUCAACUUCCUCCGGGAUUUAGAUUUCAUCCAUCUGAUGAGGAGCUCAUAGUACACAAUUUGAAGAACAAAAUCACCUCAAAUCCACUUCCAGCAUCUAUUAUUGCUGAGAUAGAUCUCUACAAGUAUAACCCAUGGGAGCUACCGAGUCUAAAGCUUUGUUUGGAGUGGAUGAAUGGUAUUUCUUUACGCCAAGGGAUAGGAAAAUACCCCAAUGGAGCCCGGCCUAACAGGGCAGCAGCUUCAGGUUAUUGGAAGGCAACAGGGACAGAUAAAUCGAUUAUCAAUUCAUGCGGAACGACAAAAAUUGGUGUUAAAAAGGCUCUUGUGUUCUACAAAGGACGCCCUCCUAAAGGAGUAAAGACGGGCUGGAUCAUGCAUGAAUACAGAUUGCUAGAUGCCUGGAACAAUUCCAAGAGAAAAGGAUCUAUGAGGUUGGAUGAUUGGGUGCUGUGUCAAGUUAGGCAAAAGAACAGCAUUCCCAGAAGCACAUGGGAAGAUCAAAACGUUCCAAGCUCUGCGCCGACUGGCUUCUUCCCAGGAGUGAAUGAUCUACUGGAUACGAACAUCAACCCCAACAUUGAGAUGAUCAGAAACUAUUUUUACAACGAUUGCCCAAUGUUGCCUUACAUCUUUUCUUCCCAGGAUUUUCCAUCCACUGAAAGAGUCUCAAGCAUAAACUUCCCAAGUACUGAUAAAUCUUCUACUUCUCUUGGCAAUUUGUUAAACUCACUGAAAAGAAAACAUGUGGAAAGAGAUCAACAGCGAGAGAAUUGCUUUCCACGGAGCAAGAAGCUUAGAACAAAGGCAGAUAUGGAGGAGGAAGGUGUUUUAUCUAUCAGAAACGAUGGCACUGAUGAGAAUUUAUGUGGAAUGCCGGGCCAGUCUGAGAGUGGCUGUUUCAGUCCUGUUCAAUGGAAUCCUCUCGUACAGUAUCAGGAGUUUAAUCACCUAACCCUCGAAUGA